AUGUCGGACAGCAACAGCACCACCAAUUCUACUAAUGGUACAAUAAUAAACAGCCAUGCAAUCAAUCAUAACACCCCGAAACGCAACGGUCCAUCAACAAACACACGUGAACGUAUCUUUGGUAUUAAUGUGGAGCAAGUGACGCCUUCCAAGAAAGUUUCAAAUACUUUCAGAUCGUCAAUUUUUGAGAAUAAUGCAUCUGAAUCGCCUACUCGAACACCUAAAAAGACAAUACCUGUACUUGACAGAAAUCCGAUAACUGGUGAAGUAAAAUGUCCAGCGAAGAUAUCAGCUUGA